GUGUCAACGAAGUUUAGCCACUCCUCGAGGCACGAUGCGCACGUCACUUAUUAGAACGAGGAAAACAUGAGGUCGGCAUGGAGUAAGCGAACAUGCUCAGCGAAAAUUCUACCAUUUUUAACACGACUUUCCGCAUGUAACACCCGAAAUUCAAGAACCCACUUACUCCACCCUUUUGACUUCGGAGGCCACUUGGGGAAUCCUGAACACCAUCCGUGCUCGGAAUUCUCCCUAGCGACUAUCCAUUGUCCAGCACCUGUCGUGAGCCUCGUCCGCUCGAGCAGUGGGUCCGCCACCCAUCCUCUCGAGCAUCGGUCACAGACUUCUUGGUCACAUCCUACAGCCUUCUCUUGGCUCGGCAACAGAGCGCCUCCAGAAGAGUACAUUCCCUGGAUGAAUAUUCCUCAAUGUCUCCCUUCCGUUCUGCCCGCGCACUCGUGGCCAUCGCUCGCGCUCGCAAGAAGAAUUGCGGAGCCGGCCACUCGCCACCUCCGGGCACAGGGCCCGCACUGAAACGGGCCUCCGGCGGGGUCCGGCCGUGGCGUCACCCACAGAGAAGAAAACAGGGCCACCCAGAGGCAGCCCCACAUCGACCGGCCCGAGAUGUGUGACAGGAGGACCGGGCCUCAGCUGCAUGAAUCGGCCCCCAUCCCCGACAAUCACAGGUCCAGGUUCCUCGGCUGCGAGCUUCCCAAUCCUCGUCCCACAGGACUCGGAACUCCAAUGGCGUGAAGUGAAGACCGGUUGUGGAUCCAGCGUGUGCCUCUUUUUUGGGACCGGCAACUGGCUACCGGCCAUCGAAGGCCGAGGAGUCGUUCGAACCUUCUACUAUCGAUCCCCGUGCAGGAGCCGAAUGUUGACCCGGCGCGGGGUUCAAAGAUUCAAUCCCUUCUUACUCGGAGGCAGUGAUCGAUAACAUUCCACGGUAGCGUCCGCGCGCUUUUCGGCCCCUGGAUGACGACUUUCCACCGCGUUGGAUUGGUCUCCUUCUCGGAUAUCUUCAGUAUCUGUGACGUUUUUCCCAUAUUUGUUAUGUGUUAUGGGGUAAAUGUUAGCGCUGUCACCGCGGAAGAGAAUUCUCUGCUGCGACGCGAAUCCUUCGGCUGGGAGCAGAGAGGGCCACGAGUCCUCGAUACUGGCGAUCGAGAAUAGCCUGGUUACUCGAGAGCGAAUCUCGAUGUUCAGUGUCUGUACUGGGGUGUACUUUCCUGCCAGCUUCUCCGCGAAUGUUGCUCCCGGCUCGCAGUCAACAUCAGAGCCUUGCCUUCGGGCCCAAGCUCCUUCUCCGGCGCAAGCGCGAGGAAGGUGCGGGCAAGGACUCGGAUCUUAGCUUUGGUCCGGGAUCUGCACUGCGAGCAGGCGCGGCGGGCCCUUUCGAGUUUCGGAGCUGUCAACCGUUCAAAACUAAGCCUUCCCUCUCGCUCUCAGUUGGAAAGCUGGAGUGCCAUUUCUUUCAGGAGGUGGUGGCCUGCAGAUCUCCUUGUUAGAACAACGGAGAGUUGUGAUUCAGCGUAGAGAAGGGACGCCGCGUAGUAGGAGUGUUCCCACUGUGCUUUGUACGAAUUGUAUGAACAAAUCAAGAAAUCUAGAUUUGAGUUGAGUUUAGUCGUGAUUAGAAGUAGGCAGCUGAGAUCUAGUAGAUAAGGUGAUAUCUGUGAUUUGCUAGUAUCGUGUUUGAAAGAAAAGGAGUUAGCGUUGCCUCGGAAAGGACUGUCUUGUCGAGAGUUCCUAAAGAGGUUGGUGAUUAGAUUCUACUGAGAGGCGCACGUAAGUUACGAUGAGCUCCGAGGAUCCUGGAGCGGGAGACAAGCCAGGGUCUAAUGUGCCUACCUUUACCACUCAGGCUAAUGCUCUGCUUCGGAAGAAUAUUAUUUAUCAGAAGCGCAACUCCGCAACCAACUGCUGCAUCGUUUCUUUUCCAAUAGCAAUAUGUAUUUUGUUAUUUGUGUUUCAAAGAGUAAUCAACAAUGUCUUCGACAAGGCCGAUUACAAAUGUGGUUGCGAUGAAGCCACGGGGGUAUGUGGACUACAAUUCUCAGAUGGAUCUCAAGCAGCUUAUUGUGCAGUGGAGCAUCCACCAGGAUGGCCAGGAUUUGUACAGGUGCCCAAACCUGCCUACAGAGCUGUUGUAGGAGGGGCGGAUGUCGGAAGUUUCGGAAGACCAGCGACCAUACUUUACACUGGCAGAGAUCGAAGCAUCGCCGAUGGUCUAGCAAAUAGCCUUCUAUUGACCACUCCAUCGAAUAGCACGGAUACCUUAACCCAGUUUUCAAACUUGAUACCGGGAUCUUCUUCAUGGCUUCUAAGAUCAAACAUCAUCGAGGCUGCGUUCACAGAGCCCGAUCCAAUCUACGUUCUGCGAAAUCAGUCUUGUCUUGGACAGAGUGAUGUCUCUAUUUCAGUGAAUCUCCUGGGCGCACCCUUUUCAAGAGGCACAGAGUGCUUAACCACUAGAACAAUCUAUCGAGACAACUCCAGCGAUAUCAACUCUGAGUUGUACAAGGGAUUUAGAAAAGGCGAUCCGCAGGGAAAUCCGACACAAAUUAUUAACGAGUACGCCGGUGCUUAUGAUUUCAGAAACACUUCUUUGAACAAUUUUGACGUUGCUAUCUUCUACAACCAAACUAUGGUCAAUGAUACCAGUCAAGCACCUCCAGGAUAUGCACGUGUAUCGAGACCCAUGAAUUUGGCCGUCCAAGCAUUUGUGCGCUUCGCUGUAGGUGCUCAAGCGGAAGUGCCGCUGUGGUUCGUAAAAGAGAUGCCUAGAAGUGCAAGUCAGCUUCGUCUAGACUUGACUUCUCUUCUAGGACCUUUAUUUUACAUGUGGGUCGCAGCACUUCUUUUCCCUGUUAUUGUGACGUCAGUGGUAUAUGAGAAACAAAAGAAUCUACGGAUGAUGAUGAAGAUGCACGGUCUGGGAGAUAAUGCAUACUGGGCCAUCACUUAUUUAUACUUCUUCGCCCUUUCUAUCGUUUACUUCUUCUUCUUCGUUGCGAUCGGUUCUCUCGUCGGUCUACAAUUUUUCAGGCUGAAUUCUUACUCCCUACAGGCCGUCUUUUACUUCGUGUAUUUGAACCUGCAAGUGGCCCUCGGUAUUCUUGCCGCUACAAUAUUCACAAAUGCGAAGACGGCAACAGUUAGCGGUUACUUAUACGUGUUCGGAUUUGGCUUGAUGGGCCAAUUUUUCUUCUCAUCGUUUUUGGAAGACAAGAACACAGGCAGGGGCUGGAUUCUGGGGAUGGAAUUUCUGCCUCCCUUCUCAUUGUAUCGAGGUCUGUACGAAUUUGGCCAGUACGCCUUCGUUGGCAACUUCCAGAAAACAGACGGAAUGAAGUGGGGCAACCUGUCAGAUAAAGACAAUGGUCUCAGAACUGUCCUGAUUAUUCAGGCUGUUGAAUGGCUCGUCGCUUUAUUUCUGGCAUGGUACCUAGAUCAGGUUGUUCAGUCAGGUAGCGGAAUUAGGAAACACCCUCUCUUCUUCCUCAGAAGUAAGAAAAAGCUGUCUAGUAGUUCAGCGCCAGCUAAGAGUUUAUCAAGGACGAAGGGCGUGGAUGUUGACAUCGAAAUGGACAAGCCCGACGUGGCACAGGAGAGGAGUGUGGUUGAUAGGUUGCGGCAUGAACCGGAUAGCGCAUAUUCCAUUAUAUGUGACAAUUUGAAAAAGGUGUAUCCUGGAACAGAUGGGAAUCCUGAUAAGUAUGCCGUCCGAGGGCUUUCUUUGGCGGUUCAACGAAACGAGUGCUUUGGCAUGCUUGGACCAAAUGGUGCCGGGAAGACGUCAACCAUCAACAUGAUGAUUGGGUUCUUGACACCCAGCUCAGGGACAGCGUACAUCAAGGGACUAGACAUUCGAACAGAGAUGGAUCGGAUCUAUACAAGCAUGGGGGUUUGCCCGCAACAUGAUUUGAUAUGGGAAACUCUAAGUGGCAGGGAGCAUCUGAUGUUUUACGGUCGAUUGAAGAAUCUGAAAGGUUCAGCUCUUGAAAGUGCUGUGGAUGCAUCUCUGAAAAGUGUCAACCUGUUCAACAACGGAGUCGGUGACAAGAGGUCGGGUCAGUACAGUGGAGGAAUGAAGCGAAGGUUGAGUGUUGCCAUAUCGUUGAUCGGCAACCCGCAAGUCGUAUACAUGGACGAACCCAGCACUGGGCUCGACCCAGCAUCACGCUUCAAUCUCUGGAACGUGGUGAAGCAGGCCAAGAAGGACCGGGCGAUCAUUCUCACCACUCACUCCAUGGAAGAAGCCGAAGCUCUCUGCGACCGCUUGGGCAUCUUCGUCAACGGCCAGCUUCAGUGCAUCGGAGAUUCGAAGGAGUUGACGUCCAGAUACGGAGGCGUCCAUGUUUUGACCAUCACAACUCCCGCCGACGAGGAGGACGAUGUGGCCAAAAUGGUGAGCUCGUUUUCUCCGAACGCCAGGAAAGUGUACGGUCUCGCGGGCACGCAGAAGUUCGAGAUCCCCAAGACAGACGUGCAAAUUGCUCAAAUUUUUGCCUCCGUUGAGAAGGCCAAGCAAAGUUUCAGCAUCCAGGCGUGGGGAAUUGCCGAUACUACUCUUGAAGAUGUUUUCAUCCAGAUCGCUCGUGAGGCGCAAGGAGACGUGCCUCUGUCAUGAAUGCCGUCCUUCCAUACGUGCUGAAACAUUUAGUUUUGACCUCUCCUCCAGUGCAAACUCUCUUCAACCUCACCAACACCCACCAUGUCGUAGGACUUCCACUGCCUUCGAGCGCAGCUGCAGGACACUUGAAGUUUUACUUUCUCGGAGUCGAUGAACAUUUAGGAUAGAGCGUCACAAAAUCUGCUGUUAUUUGUCAUGUAAUUGUAGCAGGUAGACAUUCACGACCUCGGAUCUUUCACGUACUAAGAGAUCUCGCACGGUUGGCCGUAGCUGUCCAACCUCACAGUUGUGUGCAUUAAAUUGUGUACAUAAUUUUUUGGAGAUAUAGGAUCUCCCCUUCAAGUUCUUCUGCCUCGUUCGGCUGUCUUUUGGCCACUCAACACCUCAAAUGUAAUAUCACGUUGACCCAAAGGAGAGAUAGAAUAACGUAAAAUGCUAGCAAGAACAUUCACAUCGGAAAGCCUCAUGUUUGCAACAUAUCGUACUACAAAACGAAAUAAUUCAAGUUAU